GACACCCCUGACGGAAAAAGGUGGCUGGCGGACCAACCGCCCCUCGAACCUGGCAAAAGAUAUGUAUGGAUUUAUUAACACCUGUUUGAAAUCGCUGGUAGUUGAGAAGUUUGGCGAGGAGACGUGGGUCAAGCUCAGGGAUGAAGCUGGAGCCCGGGAUACCUUCCUGACAUACGAAGUCUAUAAAGACGAAAUCACUAUACAGUUAGUGUCGGCGGCCUGCACGCUUUUGGGAGCCAAGCCGGAGGUGGUCUUGAGGCAGUUUGGGGAACAUUUCUUUGAGUUCUGCAAACGUUCCGGCUACGAUCACAUGCUGCGGACCUUGGGGGGAGAUUUGUUUGAAUUCACUGAGAAUUUGGAUGCACUUCAUAGCUACCUCGCCCUCUCCUACAAGGAGAUGAAUGCACCAUCAUUUCGUGUAGAGAGGAACCCUGAUGGCACCAUGCUUCUCCACUAUUAUUCAGACCGCAGAGGACUAUGCCACAUCGUUCCUGGAAUUAUUGGAGCUGUCGCAAAAGAUUUUUUCAACAGUGAGAUAACGAUGGAAAUUGUCAACCAGCUCGAGGAGCUGGAGAGAACUGGGAAGAAGGAGCAUGUGGUUUUCCUUGUUACACAGUGGCCAGCUGUUGCUGCUGCUAGGUCCAGUGUGGCCAGCAGUAAAACUGGGCCUUUUCCGAGGACCCGGUCCCUCCAGCCUUUGGCUAACAGCUGUAAUGCCAUGAUCUGGAUCAAAGAGGCUGUUCAUCCAAAGAGAUCCAGUAUCAGUUUCUCCAUGAACAGGAGUCACUGGGAGACAAUUAGGGGGCUGGUUCGCCUUGGGAAAGGCAAACUAUUGAGGGGCUUUGAGCCAGUGUAUCCUAUGACCCUUAACAUUGAUCUGAAGACUUUCUGCCAUGCUUUUCCUUUCCAUAUAGUCUUCAAUGAGCAGCUGGUGGUGCACCAGGCGGGGGUGAACCUCCAGAGGAUUGUCCCUGGGCUCCAGACCACGAGCAUCCAUCUGGACCAGUACUUCAGCAUCGUGCAUCCCGAGGUCACCUUCACCAUCUCCAGCAUCAGGAAGUUCAUCAACAGCCCCUUUGUCCUGCAGACACGCAGGGACACAAUGCCUGAAGCGUGGAAGGACAGGCCUAUGCUGCAGCUCAGAGGUCAGAUGAUCUGGAUGCCCUCCCUGGGCUGUAUGCUCUAUCAAGCCUCUCCUCUCCUGAGAAGCCUUCAGGAGUUGGAGGAGAGAGACAUGCACAUUUCUGACAUCGCACCGCACGACGUCACCCGCGACCUCAUCCUGCUCAAUCAGCAGCGGCUGGCAGAAAUCGAGCUGUCUAAUCAGCUGGAGAGGAAGAAAGAGGAGCUCCGCCUCCUGUCUCAGCACCUGGAGGAGGAGAGGAGAAAGACCGAGAACUUGCUGUACGCCAUGCUGCCCAAGCAUGUAGCCAACCAGCUCAAAGAGGGCAAGACAGUAGAAGCAGGUGAAUUUAGAGAGUGCACCGUACUGUUCAGUGAUGUGGUGACCUUCACGAAUAUCUGCUCCCUGUGUGAACCCAUCCAAAUUGUCCACAUGCUUAACUCCAUGUACCUCCGGUUCGACCGACUCACAACUGUGCACAGUGUUUACAAGGUUGAAACUAUAGGCGAUGCCUAUAUGGUGGUAGGUGGGGUUCCUAUACCUGUCUCCAGCCAUGCUGAGAGGGUGGCCAACUUUGCCCUGGGUAUGAUUUUGGCUGCCAGGGAGGUUAUUAACCCUGUGACAGGAGGACCCAUUCAGUGCUGUUCCUGCACAGCACUUGUCGUGGCUUUCUCUGCUCGUUUUAGAUCCGCGUGGGUCUCCACAGUGGUCCUGUGCUGGCAGGAGUAGUUGGGGAGAAGAUGCCUCGCUACUGUCUGUUUGGCGACACCGUCAACACCGCCUCUCGCAUGGAGAGUCACGGCCUCCCCGACAAGAUCCAUUUGAGCCCAACCGUGUACCAGGCUCUGGAGAAAAAAAGCUUUUCUAUCCAGAAGCGAGGAGAGAUUAAGGUGAAGGGGAAGGGCAGGAUGACCACUUACUUUCUUGAAAGAAACUUAGGAGUCAGCGAGCAGCAGAUUAUGGGUCUCUCAGACCUAGAGGGUGGGGCUGGACGGCAGGACAGCCGGAUGAGCUA